AUGGAUGCAAUUCCCCUGAGUAUUGUUCAUCCGCGGUGGUGGCUAAAGCUUCGAAACAGUAAUGAAAGCUUCAUAGCACCGCGAGACUGGCGACCUACUUACGCCUCACGAACACUCCUCUUCUCACCGAAGAAAGCUGACGUCUAUAGCGAUAUGACCAAGGUACUGAAGCUGCGAGAGACUCUACCAACUGACGAGAAGAAUAGGUUCACUCGACAGAUACAGGGAAUGCUUGAAAACCUUCAAGAGAUUGGUUCUAGGCAAGCUGCGCUCGCAGCAUUACCAAUUGACCAGCCAGAUCCCAUACCAAAACGUUCUUACAAAAGGAAGCGACCGCAGGCGGAGGAAUCUCGCGGGUUAACUGCGCUUGAGAUGGCUACGCAGGCACAGCGACAACAAGAUCGUCACGAACGUCAGCAAGCCAGGGACGCAUCAAUUGUUCAAGAACGAGCUGAAGCAACUGAACUACCUCCCUUCGCGCAGCCAUCUCGAGAUGAAUCUCCUCCUACCCCCUCUCCUUCACCUACCUCUACUGCGCCACCUCAACUCCACCGCGCCAGCGAAGAUGUCGGGAUCAGGCCGACCAAUCAAGAAGACAGAUCGCAAGAGAGAUGCGCAGUCCGCAGGCUAUUUACCUGA